AUGGCCUUGGAUUGGCUUCUCCGGCCAGAUUUUCUUGUGUUCAUCAACGUUUUUGUACUCCAACAUGCUUGUACAUCUUCGAUAUCUCAAUCCGAAGCCUUGAUUAAGCUAAAGAGUUCGUUUACCAACACAAGUGCUCUUAGUUCUUGGGUGCCUGGAUCAGCUCCUUGUGAAGGAGAUGCUCAGUGGAAAGGACUUCUUUGUAGCAAUGGCAUUGUCAUGGGUCUUCGCCUUGAGAAUAUGGGUUUAUCAGGAAAAAUUGAUGUUGAUGCAUUGGUUGAUAUUUCAGGACUCAGGAGUGUAAGCUUUGAAUAUAAUUCUUUUUCGGGUUUGAUUCCUGAAUUCAGUCGUUUAGGCUAUUUGAGGAAUAUAUACUUGACAGGUAACCAGUUCUCAGGUGAGAUCCCAGCAGAAUUCUUCUCGAAAAUGCAGUCCUUGAAGAAAGUUUGGCUUGCAAAUAACGAGUUUUCAGGAGAAAUUCCACCAUCAUUAAUGCAUAUAUCCAAUCUUAUUGAAUUGCAUCUUGAAGACAAUCAGUUUAGUGGGACUAUUCCAUCUGUAAUAUUAGAGUCAAAAUUGACAUCUUUCAAUGUGUCGAAUAAUAAGUUAAGAGGGAAAAUCCCAGAAGGUUUACCGAAAUUCAGCAAGAGUUCCUUCCAGGGAAAUGAUGAUCUUUGUGGAGAGAAUAUUGGAAAAGAGUGUAAAGCUGCAAUUGAAGCAUUAGCACCAGGGGCCUUCGCGUCGACCAUUGCUAUGGAUACUUCUGGAAACCAUACUCCUAACAUUAAAAAGACAGGUGCGGGGAUUUUAACAUUGGCUUUGAUGUUGCUUUCUGUAGCAGUUGUGGUAAUAAUGAAAAUGAGAAGAAAAGAAGAUGAUUUUGAAGCUGGUGGAAGGGACAAUACUAAUAAUCAGGAGGCAGUUGAGACAGUAGAAGUGCAAGUUUCUACGCCAGUCACACAAAAUGAAAUGGAACUAACCAAUAAACCAGGAUCAAGUCGAAAAGGAUCGAACACUGCCAAGGGAGGUGUAGGUGAAUUAGUAAUUAUGAAUAAUGAAAAGGGUGUUUUCGGGCUGAUAGAUUUGAUGGAGGCUGCUGCAGAAGUGCUUGGAAAUGGGGGAUUGGGAUGUUCAUAUAAAAUUCUGAUGGCUAAUGGUGUGGCGGUGGUGGUUAAGAGAUUGAGAGAAAUGAAUGCAUUGGGAAAAGAUGGAUUUUAUGCAGAGAUCAGAAAGCUUGGAAGCCUGAGGCAUCCUAAUAUUUUGCCACCAUUGGCUUUUCAUUAUCGUAAGGAUGAGAAGCUGUUGAUCUAUGAGUACAUCCCCAAAGGAAGUUUGCUUUAUUUGUUGCACGGUGAUAAGAGACCUUCACAUGCUGAGCUAAAUUGGCCUGAUCGUCUCAAGAUUGUCGAAGGAAUUGCCAGAGGGUUGGAUUAUCUGCAUACUGAACUUGCCACCUGUGACUUGCCCCAUGGAAAUCUCAAAUCAAGCAAUGUCCUUCUUAGUCCUGAUAACGAGCCAUUGCUAUCAGAAUUUGGAUUCAGUCCACUAAUCAACCCUUCAAUUGUAGGACAAGCUCUAAUUGCCCAUAAGGCCCCAGAAGCUGCACAAUUUGGAGUAUCCCCCAAAUGCGAUGUAUACUGUUUAGGACUAAUCAUUCUUGAAAUCCUCACUGGAAAAUACCCUUCUCAAUAUCUUAACAAUGGCGUAGGCGGGAUUGAUCUAGUUCAAUGGGUAGAAACAACAAUUUCAGAAGGAAGAGAAUGUGAAAUACUUGAUCCUGAAAUUGCAAGCUCCUCAAAUUCACUUGGGGAGAUGAGGCAACUCAUGCACAUUGGAGUUCUUUGUGCUGCAACUAAUCCUAUGCAACGGUUAGAUCUAAGAGAAGCUAUUCAAAGGAUAGAGAUGAUAAAAUUUGAGAGUAAGGCUCCAGAUUCCAUAACUAUACAAUUAGUACCAUCACUCAGAGAUGGGCAUGCAGAUGCUUCUCCACAGUUGAAUGCUUCUAGUAGUAGUACUCCAGAAGGUCAUGUUCAAAACUCUAGAAAGGGAUAUGGAUCAUACAGCUUUACUGAUAGUGAAAAUUUUUCCUUUGCAUCUCCUAGCUCAACCUUAAGCAAUGAGAAACAGAAAUGA